CACAACACACAGAAAUCAGACGUGCGCUUUAACUUAACUUUAUGCUGAAUAGAUAUCCACUUCUUGCAUUACCGAUUGAAAAACAAUGGAGGUUUUGAAAGAAGAUGCAAUACUUGAAUUUCCCAAAGAUACGUUACGAGUUAUAAGGAACACAUACGAGUUGGAUAAGCCGGGAGUGAUAGAUAAAGCGAUCGAUAUUCUCGAAUUGUGGUUGAAGAAACAGGAUCACUUCGUUAAAAAGGAUUUCAGUCGAGAAUAUCUGGAAAGGUGUAUUAUAAGAUCUAAGGGUUCCGUGGAAAGGAGUAAGGAACGAUUGGACAAAAUGUGCACGGCGAGGACAAUGAUGCCUGAAUUCUUCACCAAUGAGAAUCCGAAGGACUUCAAACUACAAUUCUUGCAUGACGUAUUCCUACCAAAACUUACCAAAGAUUACUACAGAGUGUAUAUUUUGAAGAACUUUAGCCAAGAGUUCACUUCAGAAUUUUUCACAGAAUGUUACAAAAGAAUGAUUUGCUUUGUAGAAUAUUUGUUUGAGCAUGACUACUGCUAUGGUGUGUUUGUAGUCUUGGAUCUCAGAGAGGCGAAUAUUAUGGAAUUUCUGAAGAAAUUUGAUGUAGUCCAAUUGGGACAAUUUAUGAAUAUCAUGCUUAAAACGUAUAGUUUACGAGUCAAGGGUAUACAUUUAGUUUCGACAUCUAAACUGAUAACCACAGUUGUAUCCCUACUCAAGCAAGUGGUAUCUGAGAAAAUCGCCAGUAGAAUAGGAGUUCAUAAGGACUUCAACACAAUUUACGAGCACGUUGAAAAAGAUAUAUUACCAGAAGAAUAUGGAGGCAAGGAAUUACCAAUGACAGAACUACACAAUAAGUGGUUGGACAUGUUGAGUUCAAAGGAUUUCAUGGAACACAUUAAAAAUAUGAACGAGGCUAAAACAAACGAGGCUUUGAGACGAACAGAUGAAUUUAAUGAACAGUAUUUGGGUAUGCCCGGAACAUUUAGAAGCUUAAGUGUAGAUUAAAACUUUUUUAUAACUUUGUAAUGGAGGGGUAAAUAAUGACUGAAAGUAAUUUUGUUACGAAAUAUAUUGGAGAAAUAUACAUAAAUGAUGAAAUACGAUUUAAACAACGAAAAUCAAGAAGAAAAAAAGAAGAAGAAUUGACAAACAAGUUAUUACUUAAGUAGAACAGUAUCUGAAACAUUUAUACUUUUUGAUAAUCAUAACAUCUUCAACAUUCC